AUUUUGUGCAAUAGCACCUGGUUGGUGCAUUUCGAAGGGCCGAGUUCCUCAAGACGCCAAGUGGCAGCGCCGACCCCUUCCGAAGGAUCGCCAGACGACGAUGGCAGACUACUACGAGACGCUUGGGCUCCCCAGGACGGCCUCACAAGAUGAGAUCAAGAAGGCUUACCGAAAGCUUGCGAUUAAAUACCAUCCAGACAAGAACCCGGACAAUCAAACGGAGGCCGAAGUCAAGUUCAAAGAGAUCGGCGAGGCGUACUCGAUCCUGUCGGACGAAGACAAGAAGCAAGCGUACGAUCGGUUUGGAAAGUCCGCCGUCGAUGGAUCCAAUGGCGCGGGUGGCGGCAUGCAUCCGCACUUCAACCAGCACAACGCGGAAGAGAUAUUCCAGGCGUUCUUUGGCGGACAAGACCCGUUCAACAUGUUCUUCCAGCAGGGGAUGCAUGCCGGCGGCCAUCGAGUGCACAUGUCCAACUUUGGCGGUGCUCCCGGGUUUGCAUUCCAUUUUGGCGGGCCAGGAGGCGGCAUACCACAUCAGCGAGGGCGACGGGGGCAAACACGGCAGGACACCGGCAGCGCGCAGGAUGCACCACAGCAACAAGGAGGCGGUCUCAGCGGCGGGAACCUCAUUCUCGUGUUCCUCUUCCUGUGGAUCAUGGGCGUCCCAUUCAGCUAUCUCUGGAUCCUGCUCAUGAUCUACGGCUACUUUAACAGCGCGUUUGCGUCGCUGAAUUGAGCCAUUCCAAUGAUAAUUAGGACACUCCAGGAAUUUGUACGAAAAAUAUGCAAUUUUUCCUCUGUCUUGGCUCGAUAUGUGCAAAUUUUUGCUGAGAGUGCCACCAUAUAAUAAUGAAAAUAUGCAUUUUUGCAUGUGAACCCCCACGUGGCGUUCGCAUGCGAUCGACACGUCAUGCAUCGUUCGUUGCAUGGCGAAUGUACGUGUCGUCGCCGUUGUUUUAGUCGCUGUCGGGAUCGGCGUACAACUCACGUAGUUUGCCGAUGAGAUGGAGCGGUGCAUCGACUGCGAGCAUGUUGAUGACGAACGACGGCAACGACCCGCCCAAGUUCAUGUGGACAAGCAUGGUCACUUCGCAUGCCGACGUCGAUGUAGAUCGGAUGACAUACCCCGAGAGGUAUGUUGUAGCCCGGACAUACGAGGGGUCCAAUGGAGCGGCAUCGUGUUUGACGGAGCGCGACGCAAUGACGAUAGUUAAAUUCUUCGAUUCGAUGGACUCUUCCUUUGCAGUCACUACGACAAAGUCGCGAGCAGUGGUGGGGAACACAGCCUUGGCUUUGACGUGCAGCACCUUUGUGCGGUCAUCGACGUCAACCAAGACAUUGCACACAUCCGUGUUUUCGUCGAACGUUUUCAUCUCCUUGGGAUCAGUCAAACGAUCUGCAAGAAUACGAGCAGGACAGCGGACAAUCCCCACAGCCUUGAUAACGUUCCAGUCGUUGUCGUCAACGACACCACGCGAGAUGUUGAUGCCGUCGUACUCUUUCACGUGACUCCACGCGACUGACGUGUCCUUUUCAGAGACGCGGUUCAUCAGCAUGCGCGCGCUCUCUCGUCCGAACGCAGCGUAGUCCGCGUCGGGUCUUGAUGCCGUUGCCAUGGCGCCAACUGUUGAAAAU